AUUAUCUUUUUUUCAGGAAACCACCUACAAGAAAUAAAAAAGAGUAAGAAAUGUAAAUUACUAAAAAUUGUAAAGCCGGGUUCCGUUUAGGGGUCGGGACAAGAGGCUAAAACGAGAGCGGUGUUGCUGCUAUGGCGAGCGAAGAAGACAAAGCCCUUGAAGAUCUUCUCGACUAUCAGCUGAAAGACCAAAGAGAAUCACUUUCAGCCAUCGAAGAAGCCCUCGCCUCUGACCCUUCUAAUCCCGACCUCCUCUCGGUACAUGAAGAGCUUGUUGGAGCAAUCAAGGAUGCAGAGGAAGGGCUUUUCCAGUUAAAACGUGCUCGGUUAUUACAGGAAGCUGACAUUGUUCUCCACGGUCUGAAUAAUAACGCUGCUGCAGUCAAACCUGCAAAUGAGCUGGAGCCAAAGAGAAAGGAUUUGGAUGAUGGAUCGAAAUGUAGAUUCAGGCACACUGAUGGACGUUGGUAUAACGGUCGCAUUAUCGGGUUUGAAGGAUAUGAUUCUGCAAAGAUCUCUUUCCUCACACCCACUUCCGAGAAUAUGAUGAUGUGCAAGUUCUUCUUGCAAGGGAGGUGUCGGUUUGGCAGUUCCUGUCGUUUAUCACAUGGAGUUGAUGUGCCGAUAUCUUCUCUGAAGAACUAUGAAGAGACUGAGUGGAAGCAGUCCAUGGUAGGCUCCAAGAUUUGGGCAGUUUCUGGAAGCAAAUACGAUGUAUGGAGGGUGGGUGAACUUGAAUCAUGGGAUGAUAAGUUACAGCUAGGCGGAGUUGUUUUCAGAGAUGAUGGAAGCUCAGUAAAGCUAGGUUCUGAUGCUAUGGUAUUAUCAGAGUACGCUGAUGAUGAUGGAGAAGGCGAGGAUGAUGAGGAAGAAGAUGGGAGUGAUUCAGGCUCUGAAGAAGAAUCUGUUUCAAGUGAUUACGAUGAAGAGUUUCCUCAAGGCAUAGGCAUUCUAGGAACCACAGAUCAAAGGAGAGGAGGCGUACAGAAUGAGACAGCUAUAUUCGCCAAGUGGGAGAAUCACACCAGAGGGAUAGCUUCUAAGUUGAUGGCAAAUAUGGGUUACCGUGAAGGGAUGGGACUCGGCGUCUCCGGUCAAGGGAGGUUAGACCCAAUUGUUGCAAAAGUGCUACCUCCAAAGAGGUCGUUGGAUCACGCUCUCGAGCAUAUCAAGAACGGAGAAGCUAAAAGCGAGAAACCAAAGAAGAAGAGGAGCAGAGGUGGGAGAAGGAAGCGUGAGAAGAAGUUUGCAGAAGCAGCUAGAGCGGCGAAACAGGAAGAGGAAUCAGAUUUGUUUAGCUUCAUCAACAACCACGAGAAAGCAACUGGGAGAGAGUCUGUGAAAAAGAGGCAGAACAUCGGUCCGGUAGACAGGAAAGCACUGGUUGCGUACGAAGACGAAGUCAAGGACUUGAAGUUUCAAGUAAAGAAACUAGAAGAGAUGGUGAAGAGAAACAAAAGAGAUCAGAGUUUUUCAGAUGCUGCGACGAGGAGAUUGAAAGAAGUCCAGAAGGCACUGGCUUCAACGUUAGCAGCUCAAGCUUCUGCCUCCAAUGCUGUAGAAAGCAAAGAGAACGAAAAGAAAUGGCUCAAGUUCUAGAAACAUUGCACCUUAAUCAGUUUUUAACAUAUAUUUCAUUGGGAGAGACAAUGGAACCUUCGUGAUUAUAAUUGCGUUUACAAGUAACAACAGUUGCAUACAUUUUCUCAUA